CUCUCUCUCUCUCUCUCUCAUCAAUUUUUUUUAUAUAGUUUUAAUUUUUCAUUCUUUCCUCAUAUCUUCGAAAUAAUAAAAUUUGUGUUUUCCAUUCUCUCUGCUGCUUCUGUUUGGGAUCCUGCGAAGAUCGGAUCGAGCGCUCUCUCUCGCUCUCACAGGUGUUUGAUGGACUUUGACGGCUUGGGGGGAGAGGGAGGGCGGAGCCGUCGACUGUGAUCGGAGCAAUCUCUGCUGAUUAGGUUAAAAAUCGAAGGUAAAAGAUAAAGUUUGGUUAAAUUUGGUUAAAAUAAUGUCGUCGUCCUCAAUGUCGUCGUCUUCAAACUCUCCGUGCGCAGCGUGCAAAUUUCUACGGCGGAAGUGCACGCCGGAGUGCGUCUUCGCGCCUUACUUCCCACCUGACAACCCCCAAAGGUUUGCCAACGUCCACAAGGUCUUCGGCGCCAGCAAUGUCGCCAAGAUCCUCAACGAGCUCAGCGCUUCUCAGCGCGAUGACGCCGUCAACUCCCUGGCCUACGAGGCGGAGGCCCGCCUCCGGGACCCUGUCUAUGGCUGCGUCGGACUCAUCUCCCUCCUCCAGCAGCGGCUGAAGCAAGUCCAGGCGGACCUUUUCAAUGCCAAAAAGGAGCUCGCAACUUACAUAGGCCCACAAGCUAUGCUCUCCAUUCUCCAGCCGCCGACUUACAUGGCUCAGCAGCUCCAAGGAAACGCUUCUUCCUCGGCCGGUCCGCCGUACAGCAUGUCUCCGAUGAUGGGCAUUCCGACUGCGGCUGCUUCCGGUCAGCUGAUGGUUCGAGAUCCCCAGCAGCAGCAACAGCAUCAACAGAUUUUCGAGGCGCAGCAGUUGGCGGCGGCCGUGGCGGCGAGGGAGCAGCAGGAGAUGUUCAGGAGUUUUGAUCAGAGUAAACAGGCAAUGCAGCAGCAGGCGCAGGACCAUUUGAGCGGGUUCACUCAGAUGGCGGGAGCGGUGGGCAACGCUGUUUUGCCGUCUUUGGCUCUUGGGUUUGAUAGCGGUCCGUACCACCAGAUUCAGCCGCAGCACCCUCACCAUAAUCACCGCCACCAGCUGCAGCUUCAGGCUCAGCUGUUGCUCCAAACCCAACAGCCGCAAGGGCAUCAUCAGGCUCAGCAAUCCCAGCAACCCCAGCUGCAGGCAAAACCCGUUCCGGGCGAGGAAGGUGGUGGUAGGAGUGUGGGUCCCUCUUGUUGAUGGGUUUUUCCUCAGCUCUUCCCUGCCUUCCCCUCUUUUUCAUUCAACUAAUUUUCAUUCUAGUUCAUAUCGUCUGCAUACAACUGGAGAUCUAGAGAGAGAGAGAGAGAGAGAGAGAGAGAGAGAGAGAUAUCAUUUUUGAGUUUUGAGGAAGGAGAGAGACUACUUUUCAUUGCAGAGUAGAGACAUUUCGAAAAGUAGUAGGGAUCUGCAGUGAUAUGUUGGGGAGUACAGUUUUUAUCCUUUUAAUUAGUAGUGAUCGAGGACAAUACUCAUCCCCUUUCUUUUUUCUUUUCAAACAUGUAAAUUUGAACCCCUGGAAUUAUCUAUUGCCCUUUUCUCGUU